AUGGAAGAAGGAGAGUCGUUUCAGAGGUGUCAAUUCUUUGUAGAGAAGAAGAAAAGACAAUGCAAAGUCAGGGUAUCCACUGGUAGUCAAUUCUGUGGUCAGCAUCUGAUUCAUGACACCGAUAGCACUGAAAAAAAGAGGAAAAGAAUUCCAUGCCCCUUGGAUCAAAACCACAACUGCUAUGAGGAUUCCAUAGCGAAGCACUUGAGGAAGUGCAAUGCCAGAGAAAAGGAUAAGCCUGCAUACUACAAAAAAGGAAUCAAUAUUGGUCUGAUACCUGCAGAAGAUGAAAGUGAAUCUCAGCCAGCCAAGAUUUUGGAUAGCAUGUCAGAUGAAGAAGUUUCAGCCUUUAUCCAGAGAGUGACAGAAACUUGUCAACGAUAUGAGAUUUAUGCUGAGUCAUUGUCAUCUGAAGAGCUUCACCCUGCAAUGAAGUCAGAAAUCCAAAACCCUAUCCAAGGUGCAAGUGCACUGAAACAUCUGAAACAGCUAUCAUCUCUUCUAUCUAUCUUAGACAAGCUGGGGUUCCUAUCUCAGGAUAGAAGCUGCUUUGUGGAAUUUGGUGCUGGAAGAGGAGCGAUGACAUAUUGGCUCACUCAAGCUGCUCUUUCAGCAUCUACUUCCCUUUUUGUCCUUGUUGACAAGGCCUCCAACAGGCACAAGUGUGACAAUCGACUCCGUGAUGAGAAGAACCUACAUCUGGAACGUGUUCGGAUUGACAUUGAGGAUCUGUGCCUUGAUAAGAUUCCUGCCAUCUCUUCUAAUUCUUGGCAAAACUGCAUUGCUGUAUCCAAACACCUUUGUGGAGCAGGCACAGAUGUGGCUUUGAGGUGCAUUGAGCAUGCCUUGUCAAACUUCCCAGCAUUUGGUCUUGUACUUGCCACCUGCUGCCACCAUCGUUGCUCAUGGGACUCCUAUGUUGGACAAUCUUUCCUUCUUGAAGCAGGCUUCUCCAAGAAAGAUUUCUUAGUACUGAAAAGCAUGAGCAGUUGGCUCACAUGUGGCAUGACCAACCGUCCACUCUCCCUCAACUCUGUUCAUAACAGAUGGCAUGGAUUGAACUUGGACGAACAGAAGAGGGAAUCUCUGGGAAGAAAGUGCAAACUCAUCAUUGAUCAUGGCCGCUGUGAGUACCUGAAGCAGAUUGAAUUCUCCAAAGCAUUCCUUCAAAAGUACUGCUCUAAUUCUCUUACACCAGAGAAUAUGGCUGAAGUUUCAUUGAUGAAACAAGCCCGUUUGAAGGUGAGUUCAGUGCUCAAUAAGGACACUGAAAACUUUGGAAAGCAGUUCAUGAUGGAUGGGAACAUGGAAACAUGCUGGAACUCUGACCAAGGUUCUCCACAGUGGAUUGCCAUUGCCUUUAACUCUCCUGUGUUCCCAAAGAGACUACAGGUUCAGUUUCAGGGUGGAUUUGCAGCCAAAGAAUGUCAGCUAGAAAUUGGCAUUGAAUCCUUGAAGGAGACUGAAGCCUUGGAUCCCAUCUACCCUGAAGAUGUCAAUGCCUUACAAGAUUUUCAAAUCUCUUCUGUAUCUGUUCCCAUCAAGUUCCUUCGAAUUGUUGUAAACAAAAGGAAAGCAAACAACUUGGAGAGCCUGCCUUCACGCAAGAGCUUGAGACUGCUGCUGCAAGGGAAUAAGGAUGGUUCAUUAUCUUUUGAGACCAUGGAACUAGCAUAUCUUGCUGCUGGACAAAGUGAAGAUGAGGAAGAUAUCCCAUCUGGACCUUUGCAGAUGAAAGAUGCAUACAUAUCGGAGCCAGAUAUAUGGGAUGAAACAAAAUUGUUAUUGGGCAGCAUCCAACAUUUCAGAUCUGAAACAUCUACCAAAGACAUGAAUCUCCUUCCUUUAGACGAAUAUCAAUCAACACUGGAGGAGUUGAAGGUCACUGAAGAGUCAUUUGCCAAAGUUGUCCCAUUUUUUAUUGUUUCCAUGGAGUUCUACCCAAGUACUUCUUCUGUGCUCAUUGCUGCUGGUGACGGAAGUGGACGUGUUGGAAUCUGGGAUGUCUUCUCAUCCAGAGGAACUUCAGAAAGGGUUCAUCUGUUCAGACCACACCUGAUGGCCAUAAACUGUCUCUCUUUCCAACCAUAUUUCACUCAUCAUCUCCUCACCACCUCAUGUGAAGGGAAUGUCCGUUCAGCAGACCUCCAAAGCCUGGUGUUUGAAGAGGUGUAUCAUGAUCCUGAUGACCUGAAGCUUACAUGCCACACCUUCCAGUCUCCUCAUACCAUUCUCAUCGGAAGAGGUGAUGGGAGUGUGACAUUGGUAGACCUACGAGGGCACCAAAAGCAAAAAGGGUAUAAUGCCAUGUAUCCAUGUCAUUCCUCUAAGAAAGUCAAAUCACUUUGCUUCCAUCCUUUGAAGAAGGAGCUUCUGCUAACUGCUUGUUUUGGUGAGGUGUGUUUGUGGGACAUUCGAGGGAAAAUGACUCGGCCAAUUACGACAUUACCCCAUUCGAGCAAUGUUCCAUCUGCUCUCUUCUCUCCUCUCACAGGCAGACGAAUUGCCACCACUUGCACGGAUGAUCAUCUUCGAUUAUAUGAGAGUGAGGAUCCCAGCAAGAUCAACCUUUUAAGAAGCUGGUAUCAUAAUGCAGGCGGAUCCCUUCCAUUCAAGCUGAAAUGGCAUCCACAGAGAGAUGAUGUUUUUUUCUCAUCUUCCAAGCUCAUCCCCCAUCGGAUUGAGGCAUGGAAUUCAGAGGGGAUGCUCCUCUCUAAUUUGACAUCAGAGGAUCACCUGCAGUCCUUUUGCUCCGUUGUGUGUCAUCAUGAGCACAUGAGCAUUGUGGCCGGUGGCAAUCGCUCUGGUCGUGUUUACCUCUUCCAUAAAGGUCUCAAGCCUAUCACGAUUGAGAGGGGAUGGCCCUUCCUGCCCCAAUCGGACUACGCGGCCAUGUUGGUGGGAGUCGCUGGGGAGUGGUUCCUCUUCUCGUGGCAUUUCGACCGAGGUCCACUGGAGAGCAUGGUGGGGUUGGGAAUCUCUGGCUGGGUGAUGGUGAGUGAUGUUCGUCGGCGACCUGGUCCUUCCAGCCCGGCUGGAUCGUCCUUCCGGCAGACGACGUGGGAGAGCGAGAGCCACGGGCACGUCGUCACCGUCGGCUUCGUCUUCACCGACUUCGUCGUCGCCUGGGUUCAGCCGAGAUGGUACGGGAGGCUUGAAGGCGGCUUCCCGGUCGACGGAAAUACCACGAUCGUCAACGUUGGAUCAUUAUUUAGGAUGCCUUGA